UCACCUUAACCUAGAUAAAGAAAGAAAAACAUGAAAACUAAAGGCAACAGAGAGAAAUCUCUGGAUCUUCUUACGUUUCUUUUUCGUCUGGACUCCAUUUGGUUUUUAACCACCUAUUCCAUGAUAGAGACUAGUUAACCCUAUCUCCUCUGAAUUAAUUUUAAAAUUUGCCUCAUUUACCCAGUGUUUUAGGUAAUCUAAUCUACUUUAUGUUGUCAUGAAUAAAUCUCCUCCCUCUUUGUAAAACAGAGCUGCCUUCUUAUUGGUUGGUUUCCAAUUAGUACAUUCUAAUGCUCUUCUUAUUUUUCUAACCCACAAACUCCAUUUUUUUUCAGAUACUUUCAGCUUUCCAAUACAGAAUGAGAAGUAAGGGGAUUUUACAAUGAGUGAAGAGUUUCCAGGUGAUGCAGUGCAGAUUGUGGCAAUGGCAAUCUUCUUUUCUGUCAUAUUGUUAUUUGUGGGAAUUGGGUUCUUGAUCUUAGUCCAUGUUUGGAUUGUUGGGAGGGCUUUCAGAAGAGGAGGGGUUGGUAAUGGCUCUAUGGUUGCCAUGGCCACCAGUACAGGUGGCACAGCAAGCAUGUCCAAAGAUGACCUAGAGAAGCUUCCUAGCUUUGAUUAUGUAGCCAAUUGGGACAAGCCAAGCAGCCCUGUGGAUUGUGCAGUGUGCUUGGACAGCUUCAAGAUGGGCGAGAAGUGCAGGCUGUUGCCUCUGUGCAAGCACAGUUUUCAUGCUCAGUGCGUGGAUGCAUGGCUUUUGCAGACACCCAUUUGUCCCAUUUGCAGAAGCAGGACUGCUGAGCCUGGGAAAGAAGGGCCUGUUACAGAUGCUAGCGUUCAUCGGAGGGAAAGUCAAACAACUGGAAGCAGGCAUUUGAGUGAUAUUAGAAUUGAAUUGGGGGAGAACCAGACAACAGAAAGUGGGCACCUCUCGGUCACCUGAGUGAAUAUGUUAGCAUUGCUGCAUAAGAUGAUUUCACAUGUAAUAUAUGC